GAGCCUGGAACAGAAGAAGCCGCCAAGCUGAGCCGAGAAAUAGAGCUUUCCAAUUGUCGGUGGUCCUGUGAAUGCGUCGGCUAUGAAAAUGCGUGAACUGAAAAAAACCCACAGCCUUCACUCUUUCUUUUUCUAACCAGAAAGCGAAGAAGGAGAGGAACACGAAAAAUUUUUUUUUUCUCUUUCUUCCUUUCUCUUUAUUAACUUUCUCGUUGUUGUCUUCUCUUCUACGAAAUUGAUAGAUGCACUCAAACAAAGACUAAAUCCAAAACUCUGCUUCUUCAUUUCUCUGUCUCUCUCUUAAAGGAGAUUUUAAUGUUUUGACGACGCGUAGUGGCUGGAUCUGGGGAGGGGCUAAGGUUUUUUUAGAUUCAGCCAAUCUUGCAGUAAAAAGCAAAGCUGGCGGCGACACUGGCUUGGAGGUUCGCUGCCAACAAUGGCAGCGGCCUUUCUGCGAAUGAUAUGGAAAAAAAUGGGGAUGCAAAACUUCAAGAUUCGGAGCCCCCAACUCCACAUUCAGUUAUAAAAAUGGGUUUGAGGGAUCGUACAAGUACCAUGGAGGAUCCAGAUGGGACAUUGGCGAGUGUUGCACAGUGCAUUGAACAGUUGCGGCAGAGUUCCUCAUCUGUACAAGAGAAAGAGCAUUCGUUGAGGCAAUUGCUAGAACUCAUUGACACACAUGAAAAUGCUUUUAGUGCUGUUGGAUCUCACUCUCAGGCAGUUCCAGUUCUUGUGUCUCUUCUCCGAUCAGGAUCACUUGGAGUGAAGAUUCAGGCUGCAACUGUUUUAGGCUCACUUUGCAAGGAGAAUGAACUAAGGGUUAAAGUCUUACUUGGGGGCUGCAUACCACCGUUGCUUGGUCUCCUUAAGUCCAGCUCUGCAGCUGGUCAAAUUGCAGCAGCUAAGACCAUCUAUGCUGUUUCACAAGGUGGUGUCAAGGAUCAUGUUGGAUCAAAGAUUUUUUCAACCGAGGGAGUUGUGCCAGUGCUUUGGAAGCUGCUACAGAAUGGGCUGAAGACAGGAGACUUGGUUGAUAACUUAUUGACUGGAGCAUUAAAAAACCUCUCAAGCAGCACGGAGGGAUUUUGGUCAGCUACAGUACAGGCUAGAGGAGUUGAUAUACUUGUAAAGUUGCUCACGACUGGACAGUCAAGCACUCAAGCUAAUGUAUGCUUUCUUCUUGCAUGUAUGAUGAUAGAGGAUGCAUCUGUUUGUUCAAAGGUAUUGGCUGCUGAAGCGACAAAACAAUUGCUUAAAUUGUUAGGUCCUGGUAAUGAAGCCCCUGUUAGAGCCGAGGCUGCAGGUGCUCUUAAUUCUCUUUCUGCCCAGUGCAAAGAAGCUAGACGGGAAAUAGCUAAUUCCAAUGGUAUUCCUUCUUUAAUAAAUGCUACAAUAGCGCCUUCAAAAGAAUUCAUGCAAGGUGAGUAUGCCCAAGCAUUGCAGGAGAAUGCUAUGUGUGCUUUGGCAAAUAUUUCUGGUGGUUUAUCAUAUGUCAUCUCAAGUCUUGGUCAAAGCCUAGAGUCAUGUUCUUCGCCUGCUCAGACUGCUGACACACUAGGGGCUUUGGCUUCAGCUUUAAUGAUUUAUGACAGCAAAGCAGAAUCAACUAGAGCAUCAGAUCCUCUGGUUAUUGAGCAGACUUUAGUUAAUCAGUUCCAACCUCACUUACCAUUCCUUGUGCAAGAACGUACAAUAGAAGCCCUAGCCAUUUUGUAUGGAAAUACUAUACUCUCAAUCAAACUUACUAAUUAUGAUGCGAAAAGGUUGCUUGUUGGAUUGAUCACCAUGGCAACCAAUGAAGUUCAGGAAGAGCUUAUAAGAGCUCUCCUCACACUUUGCAACAAUGAAAGAAGUCUAUGGCGUGCUCUUCAAGGCCGUGAAGGUGUUCAGCUGUUGAUAUCACUUCUUGGUCUUUCAUCAGAACAACAGCAAGAAUGUGCAGUUGCACUGCUUUGCCUUCUAUCUAAUGAAAAUGAUGAAAGUAAGUGGGCCAUUACUGCUGCUGGUGGCAUUCCUCCACUUGUUCAAAUUCUGGAAACUGGUUCUGUGAAGGCCAAGGAAGAUUCUGCAUUGAUCCUCAAGAAUUUAUGUAAUCACAGUGAAGAUAUACGUGCAUGUGUUGAAAGUGCUGAUGCUGUUCCUGCACUAUUAUGGCUUCUUAAGAAUGGGAGCCCCAAUGGGAAAGAAAUUGCAGCAAAGACUUUGAACCAUUUAAUUCAUAAAUCUGAUACAGCUACUAUCAGCCAGCUCAGUGCAUUAUUAACCAGUGAUCUACCUGAAUCUAAAGUGUAUGUUUUGGAUGCUCUAAGAAGUAUGCUUUCGGUGGUCCCAUUCCAUGAUAUAUUACGUGAAGGUAGUGCUGCAAAUGAUGCUAUUGAGACCAUGAUUAAAAUAUUAAGGUCAACUAAAGAAGAAACUCAGGCAAAGUCAGCAUCGGCUUUAGCUGGGAUUUUUGAAACCAGGAAGGACUUACGUGAAAGUAACAUUGCUGUAGAAACUCUUUGGUCAGUCAUGAAGCUGCUAAAUGUUGAAUCUGAAAACAUUUUAGUAGAGUCCUGUCACUGCCUUGCUGCAAUAUUUCUUUCAAUUAAGGAGAACCGGGAUGUGGCUGCUGUUGCUCGAGAUGCAAUGUCUCCCUUGGUUGCACUUGCCGACUCUUCGGUUCUUGAAGUUAUGGAACAAGCUGUAUGUGCUCUAGCAAAUCUUAUUUUGGAUACUGAGAUAUCAGAAACAGCGAUUGCUGAACAAAUUAUUCUGCCUUCUACAAGGGUUUUACGUGAAGGAACUGUUUCUGGGAAGACUCAUGCAGCAGCAGCAAUAGCACGUCUGCUCCAUUCAAGGCAAGUCGAUUAUGCCAUAACUGAUUGUGUGAACCGUACUGGAACAGUUCUUGCAUUAGUUUCUUUUCUAGAAUCUGCCAAAGGUGGAUCUGUUGCUACAGGAGAGGCACUAGAUGCACUUGCUAUUCUGUCAAGAUCAGAAGCGGUCAAUGGUCAAAUAAAACCUGCAUGGGCAGUUUUAGCUGAAUUUCCAAAAAGCAUAUCUCCAAUAGUUUCAUCUAUUGUGGAUGCAACACCCAUGUUACAGGAUAAAGCUAUUGAGAUAUUGUCACGACUUUGCUGUGAUCAACCUGUUAUUCUGGGAGACACUGUUGCCAGUGCUUCUGAAUGCAUAUUAUCAAUUGCUAGAAGGGUGAUCGGUUCCACAAACUUGAAGGUCAAAAUUGGGGGCACUGCACUUCUGAUAUGUGCAGCAAAAGUUAAUCACCAUAGAGUGGUGGAAGAUCUCAAUCAAUCAAAUUCUUCUGCCUAUCUAAUUCGAUCACUUGUUACAAUACUUGGUUCAGAAGAGACUUCUUUGGCAAAUCCACAAGAUUAUGAUCAGGAUGCCAUUAGCAUAUGUAGGCAUCCUGAAGAAGAAGCCAGGAAUGGGGAAUCCGAUAUUGGCACGGCAGUUAUUUCUGGUGCCAAUUUGGCUAUAUGGCUACUUUCUGUCCUUGCUUGUCAUGAUGAAAAGAGUAAAAUUGCAAUAAUGGAGGCUGGAGCAGUUGAAGUUGUCAUUGAGCGAAUCUCCCAACGAUCUUCCCAAUAUGCUCAGAUUGAUUUUAAGGAAGAUAACAGCAUAUGGAUUUGUGCAUUGUUGCUAGCAAUCUUAUUUCAAGAUAGAGAUAUCAUUCGGGCACAUGCAACAAUGAAAUCUAUACCAGUACUUGCAAAUUUAGUGAAGUCGGAGGUGUCUGCAAACAGAUAUUUUGCUGCACAAGCAAUGGCCAGUUUAGUCUGUAAUGGUAGCAGAGGGACUCUUCUAUCUGUUGCAAAUUCAGGGGCUGCUGGUGGACUUAUCUCGUUGCUUGGCUGUGCUGAUGUUGAUGUACAAGAACUUCUUGAAUUGUCCGAAGAGUUUGCUUUGGUAUGCUACCCAGAUCAAGUUGCUCUUGAGAGGUUAUUUAGAGUUGAAGACAUUAGGGUUGGUGCUACUUCUAGAAAAGCAAUACCUGCCCUUGUUGAGCUACUUAAACCAAUUCCAGACCGUCCUGGUGCACCUUUUCUGGCACUUGGGCUUCUGACUCAGCUUGCAAAAGACUGUCCAUCAAAUAAGAUUGUUAUGGUGGAAUCAGGGGCUUUGGAAGCGCUGACUAAGUAUCUUUCUCUCAGCCCUCAAGAUGCAACUGAGGAAGCUGCUACUGAUCUAUUGGGGAUCCUAUUUAACAGUGUUGAAAUUCGAAGACAUGAGGCUGCAUUUGGUGCUGUUAGCCAACUUGUAGCAGUUUUACGUCUUGGAGGAAGAGCUGCUAGGUAUAGUGCUGCUAAAGCAUUGGAAAGCCUAUUCUCUGCUGACCAUAUCAGAAAUGCAGGGACUGCCCGGCAAGCUGUUCAACCCUUGGUUGAGAUUCUUAAUACUGGAAUGGAGAGAGAACAGCAUGCUGCUAUUGCAGCAUUAGUUAGGUUGUUGAGUGAAAAUCCUUCUAGAGCACUUGCAGUUGCAGAUGUUGAAAUGAAUGCAGUGGAUGUUCUUUGCAGGAUCCUUUCAUCAAAUUGUUCAACGGAACUGAAGGGGGAUGCUGCUGAGUUGUGUUGUGUUCUUUUUGCAAAUACAAGAAUCAGGUCCACUAUGGCUGCAGCUCAUUGUGUUGAGCCUCUAGUGUCUUUGCUUGUAACUGAGUUCAGUCUUGCGCAACAUUCAGUUGUCCGUGCAUUAGAUAAACUUGUGGAUGAUGAGCAACUGGCAGAACUAGUUGUUGCACAUGGUGCUGUAAUACCCCUUGUUGGCCUUCUGUAUGGUAAGAAUUACAUGCUUCAUGAAGCUACCUCAAGAGCUCUUGUGAAGUUAGGGAAAGACAGGCCUGGUUGUAAGAUGGAAAUGGUGAAAGCUGGAGUAAUUGAAAGCAUACUUGAUAUCCUUCAUGAAGUGCCAGAUUUCCUAUGUUCUGCUUUUGCAGAAUUGCUCCGAAUACUGACAAAUAAUGCUACUAUCGCUAAAGGACCAUCUGCUGCAAAAGUGGUUGAGCCCCUUUUUCAGUUGCUGUCAAGACCAGAAUUUGGGCCUGAUGGACAGCAUAGUGCAUUACAGGUCCUUGUAAAUAUUCUGGAGCAUCCACAGUGUCGUGCUGAUUAUACACUGACCUCUCACCAAGCUAUAGAACCACUUAUCCCACUUCUUGAUUCUCCAGCUCCAGCUGUUCAGCAGUUGGCAGCAGAGCUUCUAUCACAUCUGCUCUUAGAAGAACAUCUUCAGAAGGAUGCAGUGACAAAGCAAGUAAUCGGUCCCCUUAUAAGAAUUCUUGGUUCUGCCAUGCAUAUCUUGCAACAGAGAGCUGUAAAGGCACUUGUUAGCAUUGCCCUAAUAUGGCCAAAUGAAAUUGCAAAAGAGGGUGGUGUCAGUGAGCUGUCGAAAGUGAUAUUGCAAGCAGAUCCUACGCUCCCACAUGCUUUAUGGGAAUCAGCUGCUUCAGUUUUAGCUAGCAUUCUGCAAUUCAGUUCUGAAUUUUAUUUAGAAGUACCUGUUGCUGUUUUGGUAAGGUUGCUCCAUUCUGGCACAGAGGGCACCGUGAUUGGUGCAUUGAAUGCUCUUCUGGUUUUAGAAAGUGAUGAUGGAACCAGUGCUGAAGCGAUGGCUGAAAGUGGUGCCGUAGAGGCUCUCCUAGAACUUCUCAGAUCUCAUCAGUGUGAGGAAACAGCUGCAAGGCUGCUGGAAGUAUUACUCAAUAAUGUGAAGAUAAGAGAAACGAAAGCUACGAAAACUGCUAUCGUACCACUAUCCCAGUAUCUCUUGGAUCCACAAACCCAAGCUCAGCAGGCAAGGCUACUGGCAACAUUGGCUCUUGGUGACCUUUUUCAGAAUGAGGCACUUGCUCGAAGUGCUGAUGCUGUUUCAGCUUGUCAGGCUCUUGUUAAUGUGCUUGAAGACCAACCAACAGAAGAAAUGAAAGUGGUUGCCAUAUGUGCUUUGCAAAAUCUUGUGAUGUAUAGCCGAUCAAAUAAGAGAGCAGUUGCUGAGGCUGGUGGUGUUCAGGUUGUAUUGGAUCUAAUAGGUUCAAGUGAUCCAGAGACAUCCAUUCAGGCUGCAAUGUUUGUUAAACUUCUUUUUUCUAACCAUACCAUUCAAGAGUAUGCUUCUAGUGAAACAGUCAGAGCCAUAACUGCUGCUAUUGAAAAGGAUUUAUGGGCCACUGGAACUGUGAACGAGGAGUAUCUAAAAUCUCUAAAUUCUUUAUUUAGCAACUUCCCACGUUUGAGAGCAACUGAGCCUGCAACACUUAGCAUUCCCCAUUUGGUUACAUCUCUCAAAACAGGUUCUGAGGCAACUCAAGAAGCUGCUUUGGAUGCGCUUUUCCUACUCAGGCAGGCUUGGUCAGCGUGCCCAGCUGAAGUUUCAAGAGCUCAAUCAGUUGCUGCUGCAGAUUCAAUCCCCUUGCUGCAAUACUUAAUCCAGUCUGGCCCACCUAGAUUUCAGGAGAAGGCAGAAUUUCUGUUGCAGUGUUUGCCUGGGACAUUGGUGGUGAUAAUCAAGCGUGGCAACAAUAUGAAGCAAUCAGUAGGAAACCCAAGUGUUUAUUGCAAACUUACGCUUGGCAACACUCCACCUCGGCAGACCAAGGUUGUGUCAACUGGUCCUAAUCCAGAGUGGGACGAAAGUUUUGCAUGGACUUUUGAGAGUCCUCCAAAAGGGCAGAAGCUGCACAUAUCUUGCAAGAAUAAGAGCAAAAUGGGCAAGAGUUCCUUUGGAAAAGUUACAAUCCAAAUUGAUCGGGUUGUAAUGCUUGGAACAGUUGCUGGUGAGUAUACUUUAUUGCCGGAAAGUAAAAGCGGGCCAUCCCGGAAUUUGGAAAUAGAAUUCCAGUGGUCUAACAAGUAAAGUAAAUAUUUUUUUCACAUUGAAAUUUUGGGGAGGAGAAAAUCACAUGAUCAAGUAGGGAACACUUUUUCCUUUUUCCCAUUUUGGGGUAUUUAUCAUUGCAGUGUACAUAGUCUACCAGAGAUUUUGACUUCUCUAGUGUUUUGCCUACAGUCAAUGUAUUCUUUUGUAAUCUGAUUUUCCUUACAUUUCCCUGGAUGAACACAACAAGCUUUUUUUGCUUUCUAAUUCUUUGUAUUCAAUUUGGUGUGCUUGUCAAAUUUGAGAGGAAAAUAAAGUUGUUUCUCGCUUUGGAAUUGAACAUGUUUUCAAGUAAUAAUUCUGUCUUCUUCCAUUAUUCCAGUUUGAAAUUAACAGAAUGUUGCAUCUAUGU